CACUCCCACCCUUUGUUCCCCCGUCUUUAAAAAUGCUGUGUCUGCUGUCUCUCCCUCAAAUCGUCUCAGGCCUGACUUCAAGGAUGGACUGUGCACUGCUGCUGCUGUCCCUGUGGGCUCUGAUGGGCACGGUGUCCCUGCAGGCUUCAGGAUCGUGUCCAGAGAGGCUUCUGGGAGAAGAGAGGAGGAGGACGUGUCCUCGGCCCUGCAAAGCUGACAGCGACUGUGGCAACAAACGUCAGUGUCUGUGUGACGGCCAGUGUGGUCUCAGCUGUGUGGCUCCAGGUCGAACUUGUCCCUGGCCUCUACCCCCUGGUGAAAACUCAGUGGCUCGCCUCCUCUCUCCCACUCACUCCUUCUCUGCCCUGCUUGAAGUGCACUGCAAGCCAGGAUUCACACUGCCCAGUGGCUUGGAUGUCACUAUUCGCCGUUGUCAAGGUGACAGACAGUGGAGUGGGGAUGAGCCCAUCUGCAUAGAGGCUCAACCACCUGAACCAGCCGCUGUCCAAACCUGCCCUCUGCCUGAAGAAGUCAUCAACAGCUUCAGCAUCCAGGGCGAUGCUACAGUAGGAACUUCCAUCCGCUACAGCUGCCUGUCUGGGGCAGAUAUGGUGGGGAGCAGUGAAAAUUUCUGCCUGGAUAACCAGACCUGGCAGUAUCCUCACCCCAUCUGUAAAAAUGUGUACUGCCAGCCUCCUCGGGAGGUGGAGCAGGGCUAUGUGGUCGCCGUCCAGAAGACUGAGUAUGAAGUUGGCUUUGACAUCCAUUACCUUUGUAAAAAGAACUUUCUGCUGGAUGGACCCCAGAAGGUCACCUGCCUGUCGAAUGGCAGCUGGAGUGCACCGCCUCCAUAUUGCAGAGCUCGCUGUCUCAUCCCUGCUGAGCGAAGCCGUGUGGUGAUUGGUGGAGUGAAGCGCUGGCCAUUUGAUGUUACAGACGCCAUGGUUCCUCACGGAGAAAAUGUGAUGUUCUACUGCAAACACCCCGACAAGCAGUGCAGCUUCACUGCAACUCAGACCUGCUUUGAUGGAAAGCUGCAGCCACCAGCCUGCUACCUUGAGCCCACAUGGUUGCAGUAUAAACUUUUCCCUCACCGGCUGGUUUCAGAGAUUGAAGCAUGCGAGGCUGGUGAUGUGGAGUGAUGACAUGGAUGUCUGACCUCGCCCCGUUCGACACUCAUUAAACUGUGUCACACCUCCUGACACACCCCAGCAAACAUCACCCAGAGCAGUCUUUUUCCAGUCUGCAGCUUUGCUUCCUCAACUAUCUAUGAUUGUGGUCUAUUAGACGCUGAAAUAUUUUUCACAGCUCGUGUGGAUCAGUAGGCUAAGCUGUCUAUCCUGUGCCCAGGGCCUUUGUCACUCUCUCCUGCAUCCCGUCAAACUGCAGGCGUAAUUAUAAUCCGCAAACCCCUCAAGUAUUACUUUGAUCCUCGUCCAGCUUGAGCCAAUGCAUCCUGUAGAUGAAAUCCAUAGGCCUUUGAGAUGAUGUAUAUAUAAAGUAUUAGUACAUGCUAUAUCAGUUGUGUCUGUGAUGAUACCUCCAUAUAGCCUAACUCUUAAUGCCUUGACUCUGUGAGAUCUCACUAUGUGAUCUUUCUUUCCCUUGUUGAGCGUGACGCAUCAAGCCUUGAGGCUUGUAAGUGUUUGUUUGGAAUAAAGUAAUGCCUAAACGGC